GCUAAUACUUACAACGAAAUAUAAAGACAUGCACGAGACAUGCUUAACCAACACAACCUUUAAUAUGGUUUUCAGAAACAGUGUCUUCUGGAUAUUACUUGAUAUUGAAUAUUAUUUAUGUGUCAGAGUUUUUAGAUUCUAGGUAUUUUUUUAAAGGCAUCUAUAAGUUCUCUAGUACCACGUGACUGAGGUAGAUAUACCGAGUUCAGAAGCGAAAAGAUACCUUUUGACUGACAAUAAUGAGUGAGUUGUCUUGCUUUGUCGUCUGCCUCGUGCUAACUACCUUCACCUUCGUGGCAAGCGUCGUCAAGAGUCCUUUCUUCAAGGUAGCUUGUGGCUACAAGUUGACUGGAGGGACGCCCCUGAAAAUUUUGACCUUUCGCAACAUGACUCCAGCAUUGUGUGCCAUGCAGUGUCUCAAUGAUUGCAACAGCGCCACCUACAGCGAGAGGUACCAGACGUGCACAACCUUCAAAGAAAGUUUGUACGCGCUGCCGUGGACAAAAGAUCAGGACUGGUGUAUGGUGUACAGAAACGAGCCCAUUCGGUCUGAUGCUUGGACACUGGUUUUCAAAGCCCAGAGUAGAAACAAUGUCUCCUUCUACAACUUGUGGGAAAUGACUGGCUACCAAGAUGAUCCUCCUUCGACUGUCGACUUCCCAGUUGAAUGCUUCAGAUUUGACAAGUGGGGCUCGUGUACAAGACAUUACAGAAGUUCAGUGCUGGACAACUGGCUAGGAUACGGACAAGUCAAAGUGGCUUUUCUAAACAACGGGCACGAAGUUGCUUUCAUGAUUUUCAGUGGCGUCUCCACAAACAGACAAUCCUGGUUCAACCAGACUCGUGUGGCUACCUCGUGGUGGACCUCAUUGUGGAACGACACCUCAUUGACGAAUUAUUUUACAUUUACUGGCUUUACGAAUGGCGGUAACCGAAGACGCAUGUCUAUAUUGAGCGCCAAUUCUUGUCACAUCAACUUGAUGUAUUUUAUGGUGUUAGACACGGACUACGAUGAGUGCUCGUCUAACUGGUCCUUGCCACUCAGCAGCUACCCAGUGUUUUUGUACUCACCCAUGAAUGCUCAGGCCAAACUCAGCAGCCAACCUCCUGAAUACAGGGAAGCGGAUACUAUGGUCAUUUGGGUCAUGUAGCAGACGUCACAGUUAUCAGCGCAUCCAAGUUCAAGGCUCUUGUCAAAGCAGCAAAUGUCAAUUAUUAAAUAAAUUAGUUUUUCUUUUAAUCAAACAAUAUUAUUCAUUCUUUCUUAAUCACAGGGGCGGACUGGAUGUCAAAUCGGCCCAGGCAUUUCUAUACAAUACAGCUCAUAAAUUGUAUAUCAUAUGAUGGGGCUCCAACUAUACGCCUAUCGGUUGUCAAAAUUAUUGUGUUAUUUUUUUUAUAAUGUAUUGGUG